AGAGAGAGAGAGACAGAGAGAGAGAGAGACAGCAGUCAUCCGCUGCCUGGUUCUACAUAGAACCCAGAGUGAACACACAGUGAGAACACAGAGAGAAGAAACAUCGACGCUUCAUCCUGACUCAAGGCGCAUGCUCAGAGCAGCUGACGGUGCAGUUGUUUGAUCAGCAACAACCGGAGACACUGAAAGGUUUUAAAGAUGACCACUUCAUGGAGUGACAGACUGCAGAACUACGCAGACUUGCCUGCCAACAUGGACGGCGUGUCUAUGAAAAAGUACAGAAGAGAACCAUACCAUAGAGUGUUUGUCAACAGAAGCUUGGCAAUGGAGAAGAUUAAAUGCUUUGGCUUUGACAUGGAUUACACUUUAGCAGUGUACAAGUCACCAGAGUACGAGUCACUAGGUUUUGAGCUUACAGUGGAGCGCCUGGUUUCCAUCGGUUACCCCCAGGAGCUGCUCAGCUUUGUCUACGACCCAUCAUUCCCCACCAGGGGCCUUGUGUUUGAUACCAUGUACGGAAACCUGUUGAAGGUUGACGCCUACGGUAAUAUCCUGGUCUGUGUCCAUGGAUUCAACUUCCUCCGAGGCCCUGAGAUCCGUGAACGGUACCCAAACAAGUUCAUCCAGAGAGAUGACACAGAGCGCUUUUAUAUCCUUAACACACUCUUCAACCUGCCAGAGACCUACCUCUUUGCAUGCCUUGUGGAUUUUUUCUCCAACUGUGACAGAUACACAAGCUGUGAAUCUGGCUUCAAAAACGGUGACCUCUUCAUGUCCUAUAAGAGCAUGUUCCAGGAUGUCCGUGACGCCGUCGACUGGGUCCACUUCAAGGGUACACUGAAGGUGAAGACGGUUGAGAACUUGGAGAAAUAUGUAGUGAGAGAUGGGAAGCUGCCUCUUCUUCUAAGCAGAAUGAAUGAAGUAGCCAAGGUUUUCUUGGCUACCAACAGUGACUACAAAUACACUGAUAAAAUCAUGACCUACCUUUUUGACUUCCCCCAUGGCCCAAAGCCUGGUACCUCCCACCGGCCCUGGCAGUCCUACUUUGAUCUGAUCCUAGUGGACGCCAGGAAGCCGCUGUUCUUCGGAGAGGGUACGGUGCUCAGACAAGUCGACACGACAACAGGGCGUUUAAAGAUAGGAACCUACACAGGACCUCUGCAGCAUGGCAUAGUCUACUCUGGUGGUUCCUCCGACAUCGUGUGCGACCUGCUGGCGGCCAAAGGGAAGGACAUAGUCUACAUCGGGGACCACAUCUUUGGAGACAUCCUCAAGUCCAAGAAGCGUCAAGGCUGGAGGACGUUCCUGGUUAUACCUGAGCUGGCCCAGGAGCUGCACGUGUGGACCGACAAGAGCUCGUUAUUCGAGGAACUGCAGGGCCUGGACAUUUUCUUGGCAGAACUCUACAAGCAUCUGGACAGCAGCAGUAAUGAAAGGCCAGACAUCAGCACUCUUCAAAGAAGAGUCAAGAAAGUGACACACGACAUGGACAUGUGCUACGGCAUGAUGGGAAGCCUUUUCCGCAGCGGCUCCAGACAGACUUUGUUUGCCUCUCAAGUGAUGCGUUACGCUGACCUGUACGCAGCCUCCUUCAUCAACCUGCUGUACUACCCCUUCAGCUACCUCUUCAGAGCUGCACACGUACUGAUGCCGCACGAGUCGACGGUGGAACACGCCCACGUGGACAUCGACACAGAGUCGCCACUGGCCACACGCAACCGCACCCACUGCAGCGACUGCAAGGACCUGGAAUGCAAACGCAACCAGCUGACCCGCUCCUUCAGCGAGAUCAAACCACCCAACCUGUUCCCCCAGACUCCCCAGGAGAUCACUCACUGCCACGAUGAGGAUGAUGAUGAGGAGGAGGAGGAAGAGGAGGAAGAAGAAGAAGAGGAAGAAGAAGAGUAAUGAGCUGGACAUGGAGAAGAUAGUUUCUGCCUUCUCAUGUUUCCCAGCAGAGUCGGGUAGUUAUCUCUCUAAAAGUGAGGCAGGGAGGAAAAACAUCUCCAGUGUGUGUGUGUCUUUGUGUGUGUAUCAAUACUGUAUGCACACAAACACACACACACAUACAGGAGAUUUCUGAGGUAGUAAAAAAGGACCAGUUGUCAAAAAGGACAGAUCAUCUGAAUCUCAGAAGACUGUAUGCAUGCUCUGUCCUCUUAAAGCCAACCUCCCCUAGCUUCAAUGUAAAACAACAACUAUUUUUUCAUUCAUUUCAUUUGAUUUCUGUAUUACUUCCCCCAUCAGACAGACAGAACAUUAUGUUUUUAAAUCUGACUUUUAGGACCUGCUGGUGGAUUAAAUAGAUGCAGUCACCUUUAUACUGAAAUCCAUCAGAUAUGUAGUGUAGUUUUAAUUGUAACAAACUAACAUUGCUGACAUAGUAUGCACAUUAUAAUCAAACAAAAGGCACUGUUCCAUUACGGUGUCAAAAGAAAUGUACAUACUGUAUUGAAACACUUUUUUUUAUGCAACAUGGGAACAACAUUUUGUUUUUCAUCUGUUUAGUUUAAUUUUGUCUGUUGUACUAGUUCUUUGUUCUAACUUGUAUGUAAGGGUGUGUGACUCUGUGUGACUCACUCAGAGAGCAGCGUCCUGAGUGACGGUAAGCUAAGAAUCCAUUCUACCAAACUGAAGCACAGGAGCACUGAAGCACAAGCUGUUGUUAAACAUGCACGUUUGGUUUGAAGUUAGCACAUUGUGGUGCACAAGUGGCUCUUGAACUGAUACUUUGUUACCAAGCAACAAUGAGGACGGAGUACUGUAACUGUAUUUUAUGCCAAUAGACUCUAUGACAAACCAGAAGUACGGUAGUGUCUCUGGAACACCAUGAACAGCAAACAUGCAGUAUUGUUUUCGCACCGUUAUUAAGGAAGAUGAACUUGAAUAUUUCAAAGGGUUUUAUUUUAAUAGGUGAGAGCAACAGAGAGAUGUGUAAAGUGAUAUCUGUCAAGAAAGUGGCCUCAGUAUGCAAGGAAAUAAGGCGGUUUAUAGAAUGUACGGUAAAAAGCUCAGCUCACAGCUUCAGACUGUGAUUAGCUUGCUUUGUUUAUCUUUUUAGUUUUGGGGCUUUGUAAGGUGUAUUUUUUGUUCAACCUGACUUGGCAUCAUCCCCUGGGGGAAACACGUCGACAGAGAUCGUGUACAGUAUUCUUCCGUUUGGCCUCUUAACACUGUAAAGUGACCAUUUCAUUAUAGUGUUGGUUCUAACUCUGUUGCCAGUUUAAACUGGAUGAAAAUCAAAGUUCUUGAUUUUGCAUUUGCAUUACUAAAUAACAAACAUGAUGGUUAAAAAAACAUCUUAAGAUAUAAUUUAUUAAAAAAAGCUCAGCUAAUUUUCAUCCAUGCAUUUUCAAUUUGCAAAAAACAGAAGGAAACACCAAAAUUUGAAGAAAUGUCAAAAUAUCCUAGUUUGCAUGGGUUUGAAAAAAAAAAUAUCUAUAUAGUUUUAUUGUGAAUGGCGCACUCUUGAUUACGUCGUCUCAAUGCAUUCUCUUCUUCUGCAAUGAUUUAAUGGUGUCUGACUGAGAAUUGGAGCCACAAACUGUUCAAACCAGCUUCUAAUAUUUGCAAAACAAUUGUGAACGGAAACCUGCAUUAAAAGGCAUUUUCUUUCGCCUAAAAUUAGCACAAAAUUUGGAUGGACCAACCAUGCUUGUGACCAACAGCCCAAGAACUAUAAACAGAUUUUGAUUUAUCUUGCUAAAUGUUGAUUGGUUAAAAAAAAGUAUGUGACAUCACCUUAUCAAAAUAGCCCCACCCACUUCAAACUAGUCCAGAGUGAAAGGAAAAAUAGACACUUAGAUAUAUCUCAUGUGCGCCUUCAAGGCCUUUAAUACAGGUAUUACUUGCAUAUCCAUUUGUUCCAGAUUGAUACGUGUGUCCAAAUGCAUCAGUGUUACUAUGCAGAACACUAAGACAGCUGCCUGAAUUUUUCAUUUUUUUCUUUCCCCUUUCAACCAGUGUAUCCUGUAUGUUAACUUUCCACAAGUUUUUAUAUUUGGUCUUGACAUGCUGUAUCAGUGCUGUAAGUGUAGGACCAGCCGUUGAUUUAGGCCACAAAAGGGAAGAAACAUGCCAUCUAUUUUUUGCAUCAUUUUUGGUUCGGCUUGAUGUGGUGAAAGGUGAAUGUGUUUAACUCCGUGGUGAUUCAUUUGGUAAAAGCUUGUAAGACAUUAAGAAACAUAGUACAGUUAUUUGUCCUCUUUGAUCAUUGUCAUUAUAAUUAUUUUCAAAAUCUUUUCUUUCUUUUUUUUUUAGAAAUGAAAUAUUUUAUUGGUUUGUUUCUUGACAUGGAUUAACUGGAUAUGCUACAUGACGCAGCUGCAUUGCAAAUAGGACUGUCUUUUCUUUGCAUAUGCAUGUGAAAAGAAGAAGCAUAUCUGUUCUGCUAAGGUGGUUAUGGUAGCAUUGAUUUUACUUUUAUGUGAACUGUAUCAUUUUAAGGAAAAGCUUUUUUGACAUUUGUCAUUAUAGUUUACAUAGGGAUAAAAAAAAUUACAAACCUGUAAAAAAAACAAAAAACAGAAACACGUACAAGGGGAAAUGUGAAUAGUACUAGAGUAAGUACCGUAACAGAUAUAUUACUUGUAAUCAAUACCAUGGGGGUUCUUUUUAUUUUUCUAAGAUAGUGUUUUUAAAUGGUCUUGGUUUACAAAACUGUAAAUAGACAUUUCCAUUUCCUUAUCUUUUUCUUUCACAAAUUUUCUGUCACCCAGCGUUUUUAUCUAACGAAAGCCUGGCAAACAGGUUAUACUGCUUUAGAAGAUUUGUAUCCAUUGUUGUGAUGCCCUAAAUGCAUCCACAUUAACAACGGGUGCCAAAAAAGUAAUCUUUCAUUUUCUAAACUAUAAUAAUCCUUUGUUUUUAUGCAUUUCAAUUCAUGUUCUCCCGAACAGUGUUUUGUUUGUUUGAUUCCAGAAAAUAUCCUACACACUGUACAUUGAGGUAAAUUACAUAAAAAUGUAGAAUAAAGAUAGUUUUUCAUAA